GUUUACUGUGUGACACAAUCCGGAAGUAGAUCGCUCCCGGCGCGUUUUGUUUUGUACAUGCUGGAUUCAACGACUAAAGUUUCCAUGCUUAAAUUAUAAAGCGUUGAGAGGUCUUCUAGGAAUAAAGAUGACCACCGUGGAGAAAGACACUCCAGCCAAAAAGGCUGCGGCUCCUUCUGUGUCCCAGAUUAACGCCGAAUAUGUCACGCAGCUGGCGAAUAAAUACUGGGCUCCUCAUGUCAAAGACAAGCUGCCAUUUGACCCCAAGGUGAUGGAGGACAUCUACGAUACAGAAAUCCUUCAGGCCAAAUUUGCCAUCAGGAAGAUCAUGUUGCUGGAGUUCAGUCAAUACCUGGAGAACUACCUCUGGCCCAACUACACACCUGAGGCGUCCAGUAACGCCUUUGUCAUGUCCAUAUGCUGCAUCGUCAACGAGAAAUUUCGGGAGAAUGUCCCAGCAUGGGAGGUCUUCAAGAAGGAGCAGACCCACUUCCCCUUCUUCUUCAAGUGUGUAAUGGAGGCUCUGCUGGAGGGAGAGAAAGGUGGACUCACGCUGAAGGAGCAGACCAUCAUGCUGGUCUUCCUGGACCACUGCUUCAAUAGUCUGGAGGUGGACCUGAUCCGAGAGCAGGUCCAGCAGCUGAUCUCCCUGCCCAUGUGGAUGUGUCUCCUGCCAUCUAGACUCCAUCAUGAGCUGAAGAAAGUCCCUAAGCUGCAGAAGUUCUGGAAUCUAAUCAAGAAGAAGUUUGAUAAGAUGGAUGCCGCAGCCGCAGAACAGGCCAAGAAGGAGCGCACCUUCCUCUCUGCUCUCAUUAAAAAGUUCCACAGCAUCCUCGACUCCAUUCCACCAGCAGGGCCCGUCUCCAUGGAGCAGGUCCACUACUGCGAGAGAUUCGUCGAGCUCAUGAUCGAUCUGGAGGCCCUGCUGCCCACCAGACGAUGGUUCAACACCGUCCUGGACGACUCUCACCUGGUGGUCAGCUGCCACUUGUCCAGUCUGACCAGACGAGAGAAGGAGGGUCACCUCUUCUGUCAGCUCCUGGACAUGCUGAAGUUCUACACUGGGUUUGAGAUCAACGACCAGACUGGGAACGCUCUGACUGAGAAGGAGAUGACCACGCUGCACUAUGACAAGAUCACCUCUCUGCAGAGAGCCACUUUCGCUCACUUCCCAGAGCUGCAGGACUUUGCUCUGGCUAACGUGGCAGCGGUCGACACCCGCGACUCUCUGAAGAAGCACUUCGGUCAUCUCAGUCCCAACACUCUCCACCGGGUGGCCUCCUAUCUCUGUCUCCUGCCGGAGCUGCCUGAAGGACAAGAGACCACUUAUGAGAAGGAGGUUCUUCUAGAGCUGCUGGUUUCCCGUCAUGAGCGCAGGAUCUCCCAGAUUGAGCAGCUGAAUCAGAUGCCCCUUUACCCCACAGAGAAGAUAAUCUGGGAUGAAAACAUUGUUCCGACUGAGUACUACUCCGGUGAAGGCUGCUUGGCGUUACCGAAGCUGAAUCUCCAAUUCCUGACUCUACACGACUACCUGCUGAGGAACUUCAACCUCUUCCGUCUCGAAUCCACGUACGAGAUCCGACAGGACAUCGAGGAUGUGGUGUAUCGCAUGAAGCCCUGGCAGUCGGAGUAUGGCGGGGUGGUCUUCGGUGGCUGGGCCAGGAUGGCUCAGGCCAUCACUUCCUUUUCCAUCGUGGAGGUGGCCAAACCAAACAUCGGAGAGAGCUGGCCUGCCCGAGUCCGAGCGGACGUCAGCGUCAACCUCAGCGUUCAGGACCACAUCAAGAAUGAGUGGGAAGGGCUGAGGAAGCACGACGUCUGCUUCCUGAUCACGGUGAGGCCCACGCUGGUGUACGGCACGCGCUUCGACCGCCGCCAGUCCUUCGUGGACCAGACGGGCUUGGUGUACGUGAGGGGCUGCGAGGUGCAAGGGAUGCUGGAUGAGAAGGGACGUGUCAUUGAAGAAGGCCCUGAACCCAGACCCAAGCUACAAGGCGACACUAGGACAUUCCGUGUGUGGCUCGACCCGAACCAGUACCAGCAGGACAUGACCAGUAGCAUCCAGUCGGGCACAGAGGACCCAUACGAGACGUUCAGCAUCCUCAUGAGACGCAAGCCCAAGGAGAACAACUUCAAGGCCGUUCUGGAGACCAUCAGGCACCUGAUGAACACGGAGUGCGUGGUGCCCGACUGGCUCCAUGACAUCAUCCUGGGCUAUGGGGAUCCAGGCAGCGCCCACUACUCUAAGAUGCCCAAUCAGAUUCCCACGCUGGACUUCAACGACACCUUUCUGUCUCUGGAACAUCUGCGCUCCUGCUUUCCUGGCCACACAGUUAAAGUGGCUGAGGAGAAGACGGAACUGCAGGUCCCACCAUUCAGGAUCAAGUUUCCCGUUAAAAAUAACACUGAUAAGGGGAAGAAGAGAAAAGCAGAUGAAGAAGUGGAGGAUCAAAAGGAGGAGGACAAGACUUUAAUCGUGGAGCCUUAUGUCACCCCGAAUCGUGGGCCCUACCCCUACAGCCAGCCCAAAAGGAACACCAUUCAAUUCACACCCACCCAGAUUGAGGCCAUCCGGGCCGGAAUGCAGCCGGGCCUUACCAUGGUUGUUGGACCACCUGGAACUGGAAAGACAGAUGUUGCUGUUCAAAUCAUUUCCAAUCUCUACCACAACUUUCCCGAGCAGAGGACGCUGAUCGUCACGCACUCCAAUCAGGCUCUGAACCAGCUGUUUGAAAAGAUCAUGGCUCUGGACAUCGAUGAGCGUCAUUUGCUGCGUCUGGGACACGGUGAAGAAGAGUUGGAGACUGAGAAGGACUUCAGCAGAUAUGGACGUGUCAAUUAUGUUCUUGCCCGUCGACUGGAGCUGCUGCAGGAGGUGGGCCGGUUGCAGGAGAGCCUGGAUGUCCCCGGAGAUGUCUCCUACACAUGCGAGACGGCCGGACACUUCAACCUGUACCAGGUGAUCUCGCGCUGGGAAGAAUUCCAGAGCAAGGUCAAACCCAAGCAGGGCCAAACCGCGGAGGCGGGCACAGUGGCAUCACACUUCCCCUUCCACAAGUACUUUUCCAACGCCCCCCAGCCCGUGUUCAAGGGCCGGUCUUACGAGGAGGACAUGGACAUCGCCGAGGGCUGCUACCGCCACAUCAGGAAGAUCUUCACCCAGCUGGAGGAGUUCCGGGCGUUUGAGCUGCUGCGCAGCGGACUGGACCGCUCUAAAUACCUGCUGGUGAAGGAAGCCAAGAUAAUCGCCAUGACCUGCACACAUGCCGCUCUCAAGCGCCAUGACCUGGUGGAGCUGGCCUUCAAGUAUGACAAUAUCUUGAUGGAGGAGGCGGCGCAGAUCCUGGAGAUUGAGACCUUCAUCCCACUGCUGCUGCAGAACCCUGAAGACGGCUACAGCCGGCUGAAGCGCUGGAUCAUGAUCGGGGAUCACCACCAGCUCCCACCUGUCAUCAAGAACAUGGCCUUCCAGAAGUACUCCAACAUGGAGCAGUCACUUUUCACACGAUUCGUGCGGCUGGGCGUUCCAACCAUCGACCUGGACGCUCAGGGCCGAGCACGAGCCAGCCUGUGUGACUUGUACAACUGGCGCUACAAACACCUGGGAAACCUGCCGCACGUCCAGCAGCUGCCCGAGUUUCAGGUCCCCAACCCUGGCUUGACCUUUGACUUCCAGCUCAUCAACGUGGAGGACUUUAAUGGUGUGGGCGAGUCGGAGCCCAACCCCUACUUCUACCAGAACCUGGCGGAGGCCGAGUACGCCGUGGCGCUCUUCAUGUACAUGCGCCUGCUGGGGUACCCCGCCGACCGCAUCAGCAUCCUGACCACGUACAACGGCCAGAAGCACCUGAUCAGGGACGUCAUCAACCAGCGUUGUGCCAACAACCACUUCUUCUCACAGCCCAACAAGGUGACCACCGUGGACAGAUUCCAGGGUCAGCAGAACGAUUACAUCAUCCUCUCGCUGGUCAGGACGAAGGCCGUCGGACAUCUCAGAGAUGUCCGCCGUCUGGUGGUGGCCAUGUCCAGAGCCCGGCUGGGCUUGUACAUCUUCGCCCGCGUCUCUCUGUUCCAGAACUGUUUCGAGCUGACUCCAGCCUUCAACCAGCUCACGGCCCGACCGCUGCAGCUGCACAUCCGGCCGCACGAGUACUACAACCAGGAGCAGCCGAGAGACGCCGCCAAGCAGCCGGACCACGUGGUGAAGAACAUGCCUGAGAUGGCCAACCUGGUCUACAACAUGUACAUGCACAUGAUCCAGACCCAGCAGAAGCACCGACAGCAGAACUUGGCUCCGCCCCCUAAACAAACCCAGACGGAUGAAAAGAAGGAGAGUUCUGAGGAGACCAGCAUGGAGCAGGACAACCAGGAGACCACGACUGGGACCAGCAGCAGCGGCACGGAGGAGAUGAAGACCGAGGAGCAGGGCGAGAAGGUGCCGGAACACCCGGGCAAAGACGGCGACAGCGAGGAGGACUGAAGGUUCCUGCCUGCCUCAUUCUCGCUUUUAACCCAUUCAUUUUUUACCUGUGAUUUCUAAUAAAGACUCAA